UUCUCCCAGGACGGGCAGUUUUUUGCAUUUUGCGGUACAGAUGGUAAAUUAAGGAUAUGGGAAACAGCAACGAGUCGUUUAAAACAAGAAUUCGUGCCAAAUCUCCACCUUUCAUCGCCAUGCAGCGUUUUAGGAUGGAUCACCGUUUCCACGCAGUCUACCACUACUUCGACAUCACCAUGGAAAAAGCGUCGAAAAAAGUCUAUAACCGAAAAUAUAGAACAAAAAGAAUUUAUAGCAAUGGGUUCUACCAAUGGAACCAUUACUUUGUAUGAUAUAUCUACCUCAUCAAUUAGCGAUCAACUUCAAAAUGGACAUAGUUCUACUAUUACAGCAUUAACAUGGUCUUCUAAUUCUACCCUAUUUACUGUAGCUGAGGAUAAACAAAUUGUAGAAUGGAAUCUGUAUGAAAAAUCAGUAAAAUGCAAAUGGAAAUCUGGGAAAGGGAAAGUAACAUCACUUGCAGUUUUACCUGAAGGAAAUUCACUUUUAUCUGGAGAACGAAUGAUAAAAUGGUGGGAUUUAGAAACUAAACAAAUUAUUGGAACAUUUACUGGCCAUGCAAACCAAUUAAAUGCAUUGCAUUGUGUAAAAAUAUCUAACGAAACCAGUUAUUUAUUUAGCAGUGGCAGUGGAGAUGAUUAUCUCAGUGUUUGGUCUUUAAAUGAAGCAAAAAAAGAUAAAGUAUCGGUAGCGACAUUAACUUUACCCGAUGAAGCCCUCUCAUUUUCCAUUAAAGCUGUCGAAGAUUCGCAAAUUUUAAUUUUAUCUGUAACACGUUCGGGCCAUGCCCAAUUUUUUAAGUAUCAAGCAAACGGUACAUCUUCAAAACCUAUUAAGCCGUCAUUAAACGUUUUGGUAGCUACUGAUGCUGGACAAAAAGAAUCGGUACAGCAAAUACCAAUUAUAAAAGCGGAAUUAAUAGAAGAUGCUAAAAUGAUGUUAGCAUAUGGUACAAUCGCUGGUUUAUCAAUUGAAAAAGUUAUACCAAAUUUUUCUGAUAAAAUACAAUGCCUAAUAAGAACAGAUUUAAGAAAAGGAAAAGACAAAAAAGAAGAAAUAAUUACAAAAGUAAAAAUGGCAGAUAGUCAAAAAGUAGAAUAUCUCGCACCAGGAGUUGAAGGAGCACUGCCUUCGGUGAAAAGAAACAAGUCGGGCACUGGUUCACAACUUCCUCUCAAAGUUAGAUUAGAAAAUUUGAGUUUAAACGCAGAAACAAGUACACCUGAUAAAACAACGUCCAAAGGUGAAAAUAUGGCUCAGCUAUUGAUUCAAGGUUUACAUAGUGAAGACGCCAAUCUACUUGCAAGUGUUUUAUAUGUAAAAAAGGAAAGUGUAAUAAAAAAUACUGUGGCAAAACUUCCGGUGCAAGCAAUAAUACCGUUAUUAAAAGAGCUCACAAAAAUGCUUCAAGGAAAAACUUAUCCAAGUAAAAUUGCGGUUUUAUGGUUAAAAGCAUUAGUAUCAACUCAUGCAGCACAAAUGAUUUCCCAUCCAAAUAUAGGAGAAGCAUUAGCUCCUAUUUUAAGUUUGAUCGAUGCCAAACAAAUGCUUUUAACAGAAGUAACAAGGUUAAAAGGAAGAGUAGAGCUUGUUACGGGCCAGAUUUCACAGCGUAUAGAAAAACAAGAGAAAGAUGUUACAGAAGAAUGCUUGUUAGUUUAUCAAGACCAAGAUUCAUCGGAAGAAGAUAUAGAUGUUGGUAAAGUGGAAUUGGGUAGUGAAUCAGAUGACAACUGGGCAGAAACGUCAGAUAGAGAGCAAAUGCAGGAAGACGUUGAAAAUGGAAAAUCUGAUGAUGAUGCUUCUCUUAGCAGUUCAAAUUAAUAAUUAAACUGUAAUUAUAAAUAUUUGUUUUAAAGAGACUUAUAUUUUCUAAUGUACAAAAACUUUGUAAAAUAUCAAAGUUCUCACUUUUCUAUUUGUUAACUUUCAUCGUUCUUCAAUGCUUAAAAAAUAAUCAUAAAGCAUACAACAGAUGUAUCGUCUCAUACAAGAUUUAUUUCCGAAUAAAAUAGUAAAAACUUUACUUGUUCACGAAAAAAUUAAUAAAUAAAUGAAAAUUAUACGCUGAAGAUAUAUCUUUUGGAGUAAUAUAAUAACGUAAUUAAUUUGAUAUGCAAUCGAAGGGUUGUU